UCAAAAACAUCCAAUCCCAUGAGAAUUCAGCAUCAAGGGCUGAAAAUGUAUAUGCCCAAAGUACCGACUUAAGUGCUGAAAUGCUUUGCUUGGAUACACAGCCAAAUAAAGGGGAGCCCAUGUUUCCAUUGGAUCGUGAUUUAAUAUCAUCUGGCAGUUUGGGUCAUUUAGCUAUGUAUGAGAGUGUUCCAAGAAUGGACCAGUUUAUUGGUAAAAUGGAAGUUCCAGGGAGCUUUAGUCCUUAUCAGCACGGGGAAGGACAUGACAUCAUCGGGUGAUGCACACAGUGCAGCAACAAGAGCCACUCGAAGUCGAUUUCCUCCCUUUUUUGAAGUUGAUUUCAUCUGUUUUUCGCAGCAACAAGAAGGUUGCAAAAGGUGUAAUGACCUGUGUGACUCAAGAAGUAAAAGAUCUUUACCAUCUUUUGGACCAUGAGUUUCUCCCUCUAGAUCUUGCAACAAAAGUGCAGCCUUUGUUAACCAAAAUUUCCAAACUUGGGGGUAAGCUUGCUUCAGCAUCUUCUGUACCAGAGGUCCAUCUAUCUUAAUACAUUCCCAUGCUGGAAAAGCUUGCCACUCUAAGAUUGCUUCAGCAGGUGUCUCAGGUGUAUCAGUCAAUGAAUAUAGAGAAUUUAUCUAAAAUGAUCACCUUUUUUGAAUUUUCUGCUGUGGAGAAAAUCUCUGUUGAUGCAGUCAAACAUAAUUUCCUUGCAAUGAAAGUUGACCACAUGAAGGGUGUUGUUGCAUUUGGUAACUCGGUAACAAUCACACCUGAGGUUAUUUCCAAAAAACUCCAUCAGGAAAUCAUUAACAAGCUUGUUGAAUUGUACUGUGAGUCACACUUGGGCAAGCGACAGCUAGCUUAUGAUGGAAGGAAGAGUGUCUACACUGCUGGGCCUUUGCCUUUUUCUUCCAAGGACUUCGUCAUCAAGCUCGUCGACCUAGAUAGAGGAGCAAGGAAGGAUCGUGAAUUUAAGGUCUCAUUCAAAUUUGCUGCUAAACCUGACAUACAUCAUCUUCAAGAAUUCAUGCGUGGUAGACAACUUGAUACCUCACAAGAAACUAUACAAGUUCUUGAUGUGGUUUUUAGGGCAACACUGUCGAUGAAGUGAUUUCUCUCACUGACCAAUAACUAUUAUUAAGUUUUUUUUUUUUGGCUUGAA